AUGUCCAGGCGCCUUUACGUUGGAAAACUACCGCCAGACGUCAACUCUGAGGAUGUUCGCAGAUUUUUCGAAGACGAGGCAAGAGUCAAGGUCGUCGACUGCCGUAUAAUGACAGGCUUUGGGUUCAUCGAGUUUGACUCGUCAGAGGAUAUGGAUACCGCUCUUCGCCUCGAUGGACACGAUUUCCAAGGACAACCUAUCCUUGUCCAGGUUGCUAGAGAGAAGCCUCCUCGAAGGGAGCCUCCACGUGAGAUGCGAUCAAGUGGAAGACGCCAAGGUGUUACAGUUAUUGUCUCAAACGUAUCUCGCGACGUCAGUUGGCAGGAUUUGAAAGACUUCGGAAGAGAAGCCGGCGGUGGGGUCAUCUUUUCGGAUAUCGACAGAGAUGUCCCGAAUCAAGGCAUACUUGAAUACUACACAGCUGAGGAGGCAGAACGCGCUGUACGAGAGCUAGACGGACGCGAGCUCCGUGGCCAUACGGUCACCCUCCGUUUGCAAGAUUCACGUGGUGGAGGAAGAAGAGACCGAUACAAUGAUGAUUACAGGCGGGAUAACGACGAUUAUAGGCGGGAUAACGACGAUUAUAGGCGGGAUUACAGGCGACGCUCACGUUCGCCACCUCGGCGCCACGACGAUCGCGACCGGUACGACGAUAGAGAUUAUGAAAGAGACCGUGAAUAUCGUCGAAGACCCUCACCUCGUCGAUAUGAUGAGCGUCGAGACCGCGACCGUUACUAA